UGCCCUAGAGCCCUUCAAACUCCCGUUUGAGGAUUAUUAAUAACCUCAAAUCUGGCUGGCACUGUAAAGAAAAAAUAUAUUUUUGUGGGUCGAGCAUGGAACGCCCGGAAGAGCCUCAUUCGACCACUGCAGACCUCCCAGUUGCAGGAAAAACAGACCAGAACUGGAUCGAAAUCACUGAUGUGUUCCUUGAAAGUGUAAAGGAUCUAGAAUUAGGGGAGCUGCUCCACGAUGAACUGUUCGGGCUCUUUGACGCGAUGUCUGCCAUUGAAAUGAUGGACCCCAAAAUGGACGCAGGGAUGCUCUGCAAUCGGGGGGCUCGCAAAAUCACCUCCUUUGAACAAGCUGUAGCAGAUGGUUUAUUGCCAUUAAACGACCUGCCACCCCCGACUUUAUUGGGCAUUAUAGACGGCACUUUGGCCCGGCUGGUAUCCUGGUUGGAGGGACAUUCGUUGGCUCAAACAGUUUUUACUUGCCUGUAUCUGCAUCGGCCGUACGCUCCCCAGGAUAGGGCCCUCAAGGUUUUCUGCCUGUCCGUUUACAAAUUGCUGGAUGUUAUCAAGGACCUUUUACACAAAGCAAUGGUUUUCGAAGAGGAAGAUUUCCAGCCCAUGCAAUAUGGGUUUCAUUUGAACCCCGACAUAUCCGAGCAAAGGAUGAUUGGCAUGCUGCGGGAAGUUGAGGAGGAGCUUCACAGGAAGUCGCGAAACAAGCAGUGUGAGCCGGAAAUCCAGGCAAUUUUCGUCAGGAUAAAGUUUGUGCGGAUAUUCCUGCAAGCGCUAAACACGCUCAGAAAGGAGGACCAGCCCUCAAACUCGCUGAACGACUGCCAAAGGCUGCUCCAGAGCGGCGUAGAAAUGCUGCAAGCCAUGAAGGAAACUGUCCAGAUGGGUCAGGGUGCCAACGACGACGACGAUGAAAUCGCCUGCUUCGAACCGUCGAUCAACCAAAGACUGCUGCCGCCCACUUUUCCGCGUUACACCAAAAUAAAGAAGCGAAGCGACGCGAUUGUUCACCUCCUGGAAAUGCUGGAAAGGUUUAAGGUGGUCUGCAGGGCGCAAGGCCUCACCACGUUUCAUCAGACACUGGAACUGUUUGCCGAUUUCAGCCAAUCCGGGCCCUGUCUGGUGUCGCGCAGCGCCUUGCAGUUGGUCGGACGCAACACUGGCUCGUCUAGAGAGGCCCUGAGAGAGGCUUUGCGGAACUUCUGCGGACCUCAUGCUUUGAGCAGUCGGGCUCUGCCAGCUGCACGUUCAGCUGCCGAUGGCUUUCUAGCCCGCGCUUCUCGCCCUGCUGCAUUGCUGCUGCAGCUCAGCGGCCAUAAUCGCGCUAGGCAACGAGACAAGCUGGCCAUGCUACUCGACGAUUUGGCUGUGCUGCAAGAAGAGGCCGAGCGCGCUGAUAGUGCCUGUGCUUUAGCCCUGGGGCAGCCCCCCAGGCCCCAUUUUGCCACCUGGGCGCUCUAUCACACCUUGCGGACGCAGGCCUUGUAUUUGUUGGCCGGGUUUGAGCUAGAGCUUUACGCUGAACACGAAUACUACUACAUUUAUUGGUACUUGUACGAGUGUAUUUAUGGCUGGUUGAUUUCGACCCUGUCGCGGGCAGACAGUUUGCUGCAGGAGGCCUGGAAUGGAACGGCCGCAGUGGCAACUGGGAGCGGAAAAGGAACUCGAAGGCAGAAGCCGAAUAAAGCGGCCCGUAGGCCGAGGCCGCACUCUAAAGACGCGGUCAGAUUGCAGGCGUUUCAACAGCUCGCAGGAGGAUAUUUUAAAGCCCUCUUGGGGUUGCUGCGCGAAGGCCUGCUGCAAGCCCCUUUGCCAGGCUUCGAUCGGGAACGGGUGCGCUUUGAACAUCGCUUUGGAGUAUUUUCUAGGCUGGAAACUCCUCCCUCUGCGGCAUAUCGCGACUUUAGGGCUGCUGCCCAAGCUGCAGGAUCGCAGGGCUCGGAACAGUUGUUUUUGUCUGCUGGUCGGCAUUUCGGCCAAGCUGGACAAUUGUUGGCUGCAGGAGGUCCUGCCGACUCGCCUUUAGCCCGCACAGCUAAAACUAAUUUUGUACUGCUGCGCUUGUUGGCUGCAGGACACCGGCCCAAGAUCAAGCCGACGUUUUGCUUUAACGAAAGUCGCCACUUUCCAGUCAUUUGUCUCACUGAGGGCCAAUUGACGCACGAAUAAUCACUUCUAGUCCUUUCCCAGGUGGAUAUUAUUGAUAAAUAACACUACAGCUCGCUAUUUAUUUGGAGUCAUUUUAUUUCAAACAAUACAAAAAUUCGGAAUCUUAGCUACUAUUUCUUGCGGCAUUAGGGCGGAAAUUCAGAAUGUUCCCAAAGCAAGCUUUAAGCGGAAUUGUAGCAAUAAAUACUUUGCUUGUUGAA